UUUGGAUGACUGGCAAGGACCCGAGCUCUCACUGCUCAUGCAGACGCUUAAGAAAUUAAAAAUUUAGCCAGGUGCUUUGUCAUCAUGUCAAGGCUGAAGAAAAGCAGUGUUUAACAGGGAGAGAUACAGCUUUGUCCCCUGGGAUGCUGCAACACGGCUUCAUGCUACACAUUUCACUAGAAACAUUUUGUGACUGCAGGGGAGAGAAUGAAGCUCAGGAGCAAAACUGAGGCGGGGGCUUCCCCGGAGGAUGGAUCAGCUGGGAAGCAGCGACGGAAGGAUCCGGUGUUAGAGCAGCUGCCAGUUUCUGUCCCGAGAGCUGCUGCCGGGAGGAGGAGAUCAGGCUGAGGCUGCAGAGGGGUUGGUGUGUCAGGUUUCCAUGCGGGGCACGUGUGGAUAAUGCGAGCUGCGAGCGCCGCUGCCUCCUCCAGCCGCCGGCACGGAGCGAGCGAGCCGGGAGCAUGGGGCAGGUGGCUUGGAAGGGUUUAUUUCUGUCGCUUUUCGAUUAUAAGACAGAGAAAUACGUCAUUGCGAAGAACAAGAAGGUGGGGAUUCUCUACCGAGUGGUGCAGCUCUCCAUCCUGGCUUACCUGGUGGGGUGGGUGUUUGUUGUCAAGAAGGGCUAUCAGGACACAGACACGUCCCUCCAGAGCUCUGUCAUCACCAAGCUGAAAGGGGUGGCCUUCACCAACACCUCGGAGCUGGGGGAAAGGCUGUGGGACGUUGCAGACUACGUCAUCCCUCCGCAGGGUGAAAAUGUCUUCUUUGUCAUGACGAAUCUGAUCGUGACCCCAAACCAGAGGCAAGCCACGUGUCCUGAGGUAGGAAGAACUGAGCCCCUUGGCCCCCCGACCCCUACAAAACCAGGGAGUGGCAACAUUCCCGAUGCCCUGUGUGACAAGGACGAGGACUGCCCGGAAGGAGAAGCAGUGGUGGCUGGCAAUGGGGUUAAGACUGGCCGCUGUUUGAAAGACAGGGACAGCAUCAGAGGGACUUGUGAGAUACUGGCCUGGUGCCCAGUGGAGAAAAGAUCCAAGCCCAAGAAACCACUUCUCGCCAGUGCAGAAAACUUCACUGUUUACAUCAAGAACUCAAUCCGCUUCCCCAAAUUUAAGUUCUCCAAGACAAACGUGCUGACAACAAACAAUGGGUCCUACCUGAAGAGCUGCCGCUACAGCACGGAGCAUCCCUACUGCCCCAUCUUCCUCCUGGGGAACAUCGUCCAGUGGGCUGGGAGCGACUUCCAGAAAAUGGCUUUGGAGGGUGGUGUGAUAGGAAUUCAGAUUGAAUGGAACUGUGAUCUUGAUAAAGCCCCUUCUGAAUGUAAUCCUCACUAUUCUUUUAGCCGGCUGGAUAACAAGUUUGCAGAAAAGUCCAUCUCUUCUGGGUACAACUUCAGGUUUGCCAAAUAUUACCGGGAUGCUGAGGGGGUCGACUACCGGACACUCAUUAAAGCGUAUGGGAUCCGCUUUGAUGUGAUGGUGAAUGGCAAGGCGGGGAAAUUUAACAUCAUUCCCACCAUCAUCAAUAUCGGUUCGGGGCUGGCUCUCAUGGGGGCAGGAGCUUUCUUUUGUGACCUGGUGCUGCUGUAUCUGAUUAAAAAGAGUAACUUUUAUCGAGGCAAAAAGUACGAGGAAGUAAAGUCUGGUUCCAGGAAAUCGUUAUCCAGCCCCACGCUGAAUGGGAAUCAGAGCCCUGACCAGCUCGGGGGGCUCUAGACAUGGCAAUGGGUCUACAGCUGGACUCGUGGGCCAGGAAAACCACACAGUUGUGGAGUCACACCAGGACUGGGAGGUGGAGAUACCCCAGAUCAGAUCUACUGGCCAUUAUAAGGAUUCCCAGAGGGGGAAAAAAAAACAGAAAGUCCUUUAAAGACCGCCCUUCUUUCCCUGAGAUGUCCUCCGGUGUCCUGAGCUUGCAACAGUGUGUCAGCACCAUGGAUUUAUAAAAGGAUUUCAUAAAAGGAAAACAAAGGCACCAAAUGUAUGUUUUUAUAUCUAUUGAUAGAUAUAUAUCCGUACCUACGUCAAUAGCCAGUGCUACCCCAUGGCUGUGCUUCGCUUCCACGUGCGAUGGCCCCUUGAGGGCCCCUUGAGGAGGGCUGAAGCUCCACUCUCUCCUGCUCCACUGGCUUGGGGCCACCACCUCCAGCUCCCGCUCGUGUUUCCUGCAAGAUCAGCUGAACAGCAGCAGGACUGCUCCGUUGUGGUGUGUGUAACCAUUAGGGCUAGAAACGCUGCUCCUCUGGGAAAAGCCUUCCCAGCAGCUACAACAAGGUGCUCUGCUCGUCUCAGGAACUGCGGGAGAAGGUCCUGCUCCAGCUCUGAACGGAGAAUCAGUUCUCUGGGCCGGGUCCUGCUACCUCACCCACUGCCCCUGUCUCCGUGUGUAGGCAGGCAGGGGGGGUCUCUUGAAGGAAGGUGGGGAGAGGUGUGUUUGUGGUUGGGAAAAGGGGUCUGGAAAGCAGCGUGGCACUGGGAGGAGCUGCACGGGGAUGGUCUUGGUUCUCCCUCCUUUGUUUCAGUGCCUGGUUUAUUUUGCCUGGGAUUUGUCCUUUCUGUGUCACUCACCAAUUGCUAGAGGUGGGAAGAUCUGGAAUGGGGACUUAACACCUCUCCUGUUUUUUGUAGUACCCUGAGAGAGACUGAAAAGGGGAGCUUGAUCAGAUAAAACAGAUUUUGCCAGGUUUUUCCAAGUACACCAACAGGAGGAAAACUGAGAAGACAGAUGUCCACUAUUUUAACACUCUGGUAACUUGCAAGAACUACAAGUGCUUCUUUGUUUCCCAACAGAGAAAUAGUCUGGUUGCUGCCCAUUUUGUGAAUUCAUGCUCAUGUGGGGAUGUAACUAAUCCCAGAAGAGAAAAGUGCUUAUAGAAUAUCAUUGUUUACUUUUAACGUUUGCAUUUGCUUGAGAUGACAGAAGUUGAUUGUCAAUAUUUUUGAAAUAUUAGUCCUUUCAUUUAAGGCUUUGACUCUCAGUACAAAUGGAUCAGAGUGUUCUGCAUGUGCCAUCGAUCAGGAGCCAUCAUGAUGAAGAUUAAGUGUUUCUUUGCACUCUCUGACCAUCAAGAUUUAAAGGAUUCCUGGGGCAGAGUCCUUAGGUACUGCCAGGACAGCUGCACAGACAAGGCAAGCUGUGCUCAACCUCUGAUGCUCUAAUGGCAUCCAGAGCUGCCUCUCUUUGUGCCAGAAGUCUCUCCUCUUGGCAAACAUGACUUACCGUGUGUAGAACCAACACACCAAUAAAACAGCCCAGGCUUUUGACCACCAGAGCUUAAUUCUUAAUUUGAGUAAUUUCUAGAUGGUGAAAGGUGGUGAACCCCACAGGUGACACCAGGCCAAGGCACAGCUCCUGGAACACAUAAAGCUGCCCGUGCCCUACUGGCACCAGUGUUUCCACUUGACAAAACAACAUCCUCUUGGGAGAUGACCAAAUUGAUUUCCUGACAAAGUCUUCAAGCCCCCCAAAACCCUAGAAUAGUUCCCUUUUUAUACCCUCUGUUUAACACAAUUGCCACAACCAUGUUGUUAAUAAGACAUAAUCAGGUUCCUUGUUUCUUUUGAGUGAUUUUUUUUUUUUCUUCUAUUUAAUGUACAGCAAUAAAAUUUGUCACUGUAGGGCAAUGCUCUCUGAGCUUCUGUAAAGGGUGUUCUUUAGGUUGCACACACUGCUUUCACUCUGUGAUACACACUUAUGCUAAACAAUUCAAUUAAGUGUUUAGAAAGUAUUUGAACAGCACAGGUGUAUAAAACAUACCUGUUAGUGGGUAACAGGUGCUGGUUGUUUUCUGAUGGUGUAAAUCUGCCAAAGCAUAUGCUACUGUGGGAAUUCAAACCUUGAUUGUCUUUUUCACCCAAAAGGAAACAUCACUGUUUCAUUACUACAUUUGUAGUAUCGAUUCCACCUUCUGUGUAACACUGCAUUUCAUCAGAAGUUGAUUUUUUUCCCAUAAAAUACUUUUAAAUACAGAAUGUGAUGAUGUAAAAACUUUGUGUAACAGAAGAAUAGACUAUCUUACAGUGUUCUAGUGAAACAAUGACUAAUUGAAAGAACAGAAUAAACCAGAUGGGGCAGUGUGUGUUUGUAGGAGAAAAAUACAUGACAAACCCCAGUUGUUGUACAAGAAUUCAAUCACUACACUCAAAUAAAAGUCUCCAAGCACUAUGUUUUCACAAGCAGGGCUAUGGCACAGACACUGCCAGGACAGCAGGUGAUCCUUUUCCCUUCUGUUCCUGCCAGAGACACAGAACACACCCCCACACUGCUCAAUUACAGAAAACACCAACAGGUGUACCGGUGUGUUCAGCACAGACUGACUGCAGGUGGUAAGAUGCUGCUACACUUACUUGGUUGUCUCUGUUUCCUGGACACAAUGGUACUAAAAAGGCACAAAAUGUGUCAUGUGUGAGAGCAUUAUUAAAUAUAAUUAUUUAUUAUUUUGUGUA